AUGCCUAGACAAGUUAUCAAUCAACCAGUUUAUAUCGUUAAUCGUGCUCCCCUAUCACAACCGAAUCUUCUUCCUGUGAGAAGCCUACCAAAUCAACCGCUGAAUCACCAAGCUAAUGGUGUUGUUGGAACUCAGGCUCAAAUACGUAAGAAUCUAUUUCCUGCCAUGUCAUCUCAUAUUUGCCCUAUUAUUGUAGAGCCUCCUGCCGCACAGGCAAGUGGAAAUGUCAUUUCUGUGGCAAAAUUUCUCAAUCACAUUUUGACCAGUAAUAAGACAGACACUGGUGAACGUGCACAAGUUAUACAAUUGGUUCAAGACCUUAUUGUGAGUCGACUAUGGUCAUUGCUUAUCUUUAUUUCUUCCUUCCUCAAUGAUUUUGACGCAUACUUUUUCGCUUCUCAGGACGAUAAGGUUUCUUGUGAUGUUUUCCUUGUUCAAUUGUAUUUGCACUUGAAAACCUCACGGAGACAAGAUGUGGACAAUUUAUUCUACACUGGUCUCCCUAAACUUCGAAUGGACCUAAUUAAUGGGACUACAACGCUUCCUAACAUCAGACCUCCCAAUCGUAGUGUGCUUGUGGGAGCCUCAACUAUAACCACUACGGCCACAGUGGUGGCAACAUCAACAGUGUCGCAAGCUGCUCAACCUGCAAUAAUUCAUACUCCGUCUCAGUCCUCUGCUUCCCACAUUCUUCCUCGACCUUCACCUGCUGUUGUAGAUAAUCUUCCCCCCAAUUCCACUUUCCAACUCUCCACUUCCUCUAUCCCUAUCAGUCCUGCUCCCUUACGGCCUAUCACUCCACUUGUACAUAGUUCUGUUUUCUCUCCACGUGCUGCAGUCACCAAUUCUCCUACUCCUAUCCGACCUCUCCGACCAGCGCCUACAAUAAAUAACACCAACAGUGCACAACUCCGUCUUAAGCCUCCUACAAAUCACUCCACUGCUCUAUUUCAAAGUGUGUCUGGCACAACCCCCAUUGCUCCAAAUCGUCCUACUAUCCUACCCCCGGGCACUCAAUUGCGUUCGCUUUUCCCCUCCCCUCUUCCUUCCUCUACUCCUUCUAUUGCCUCUUCAUCAGCAUUACCGGCGCCAAACUCCUCUCUCGUUCCAACCUCUUCCUCCUUCUUGUCUCCUGAUACUACCGUGUCUUCCGCAGCAAACGUGUCUUCUUCCAAUCCAAUGUCCUCACCUCAAUCAACUGCUUGCAGUCAACUAAAUCAACCUUUCUUCCCUGUCUCUCAGAUUCGACUCUUUCUUACCUCCAAGUUGCCACCUAACGAGGUGGCUUCCCUCACGGAGGAUUCCUUGAAUUGUAUGGCGCAUGGCUUGAACACUCUUCUCAGGACCUUACUCACUCGUAUCUCUCUCGUAGCUGGCCACAAGGCCACCAAAUUAGCCGAUGAUCCUCAUUUGGAGCAAGUAGAUCAUACGAGGGAGCAAAUUGGCUUUGUACAGAGGAUGCAUGAGUUCGAUCAGGAGAAACGGUGUGAGCUUCAAAGGGAAUUUAUUCUCAAGGCUGCGAAGGCAAGUUUUGUUUUUUUUUUCAAUUAA